GUGUGUAUCACGGUGGUGCACUUGAUGUCGGUGGUCUCAGCCUCUAUGGUCACAGCUGGGUCUCUCUGCCUCUCGAGAAGUUACAGAGUAACAGCGCUAACGUCGGGACCGAGUGCUGUAUGGAUUUCCAGGAGCUGCACAUAACUUAAGGACCUCGCCUCUGUGUCAGAGAGUGUGGUUGAUUGUAAGCCUGGAUCAUCCUCUUCCAACUUCAGCCGAGUGCUUUUAACACAAAGCGGGCUCCUGGUCGCCGACGAGGCAGCACUCAGAGGCUUUUUGAGAAACCCCAGAGAGUGUGUGAGGUAGUCCCUGCAGAGAGAGCAGAUCUGAUCCAGAAUGCUGACAGGACGAUGAAUCCCCCAGGCCAUCUGAGACAUCCACGUGACUGUGCUGCUGUCCCUCCUCGACAGCCCUCUGGUCCCACCGGGGCACCAUCUGCCUCCCCACGCUCGCCCCCUUGUCCCUCCCCCCUCCCCUGCCCCCAGUAGUGGCCAUCCCAGAGGGGGAGAAAGGCGAGCCCGCCCCUGUAAAUAUGACUGGAUGGAGGUCUCAGUGGCGUCUCGUCCUGCUGAACUCCCUGACCUGUGGCCUGGAGAUCUGUGUGGCAGCUGGGAUCACAUACGUGCCCCCGCUGCUGCUGGAGGCUGGAGUGGAGGAGCGCUACAUGACCAUGGUGCUAGGUAUCGGUCCAGUACUCGGUCUCUUGUUCAUCCCUUUGAUCGGCUCAGCCAGUGACCACUGCAACAGUAGUUAUGGCAGGAGACGGCCAUUCAUCUGGCUGCUGUCUUUGGGAGUCCUUCUGGCGCUCAUCAUUAUUCCUCAUGCUGACGUGCUGGCUGCUCGCCUCGCCUGGGGUGGGCGCACCCUGCAGGUUGGUUUCCUGAUCCUCGGGGUGGGGCUCCUUGACUUCUGUGGACAGGUGUGCUUCACACCACUGGAGGCUCUGUUGUCAGACCUGUAUCGAGACGAGGAGGACUGCGGCCAAGCCUUUGCCAUGUUCUCCUUCAUGGUCAGUUUGGGAGGCUGUGUGGGUUAUUUGCUGCCUGCACUGGACUGGAGUAAUGGUCUACUCUCUGUUUACCUGGGAGGCCAGGCAGAGUGCCUCUUCACCCUCCUCAUCCUCAUCUUCAUCACCAGUGUGCUCAUCACCAUGAAGGUGUCUGAGGAACCAUUGUGUGCUAGUAGUGGCUUAGCUGGACCUGGAUCUCUACUGGAUUCAGGGGUUGGUACAAUAGAGGCCGGCCGUUGCGGCGUGCCACGCUCAUGCUGCUACCUGCUGAAGUGCAAGUUGAGACUGCUGAAGUCUGGACCCCUGCUGUGCCUGCUGAGGACUUGCUGGACCAUGACCCCAGCCAUCUACAGGAGCUACUGCCACGUCCCCCGUGUGAUGAGGCAGCUGUGUGUGGCUCAGCUCUGCAGCUGGAUGGCUGUCAUGUCCUUUAUGCUUUUCUACACAGACUUUGUGGGGGAAGGUCUGUACGAGGGUGUGCCCAGUGCAUCACCAGGAAGUGCGCCCAAGCAGAGAUACGAUGAAGGUAUCCGUAUGGGCAGCCUGGGCUUGUUCCUGCAGUGUGCUACCUCAACCUUCUUCUCCCUGAUCAUGAGUCAUCUGGUUCGCCACUUUGGCUCCCGGUGGGUCUACCUGAGCAGCAUGGUGAGCUUCACCAUCUCUGCGUUGGUCAUCUGCCUUUCUAAGAGUGUGCUCCUGGUCACUGUGAUGGCGGCUCUUACUGGCUACGCAUACGCCACGCUCCAGACUCUGCCCUACACACUCACCUGCCACUACCACAAGGAGAAAGAGGUCUAUAUGCCAAAAAUCAAAACCAAAAGUGUGCAUAAAAAUGGUAUCGCAGCCAAGCGGGAUACAGUGUAUCUGACUCCUGCAGAAGAGGAGGGUGGAGUAAAACCCCAAACAGGGACUUCUUAUGGUCACACCAUCUUCAAGCAGGACAUGUAUGAAUUCUACCCUGGUCAGCCCGGGGUGAACGGCUCAUCUCACAGCCCUGGUGGCACAGAGCCAGAGGAGGCUGAGCUGGGGUAUGAGAAGCGUGGCGUGGGUUUGGACUUUGCCAUCUUGGACAGCACCUUCCUUCUCUCUCAGGUGUUCCCCACCCUCUUCAUGGGCAUGAUUGUUCAGUUCGCUCAGUCUGUCACCGCCUAUAUUGCCUGCUCUGCCAUCUUCGGUGCUGUCGCCAUCUACCUGGCCAGUCAUAUCAUCUUUGACCAAAAGGACCUCCUCAAAAGCUGAGACGUGGAUGGAAGACAUGGGAGAGGUGGAAUCACGAAUAAUCAAUCAGUCAUGGAGGUUUCAUGUGAGAGCCUCAGCAAUGCACUACCGUUCCCAGAAUGCCUUGUUCCAGUACUGUGUGUUUGAUUUCUGAAAGCUCUGUGAGGGGGAGUGAGUGUCGGGUAGGUCAGGGGGGAUAAACUCUGUACUGGAUGCAAACUAAAUAUCUCGCAACCUUUAGUCAUGACAUCAGCUCUGUUUAUUGUCUUUUUCCUCAGGUACCAAAAACAGAUUUACUGUAAAACUCAUCAACCUCAAACACAUGGCUACUAACCCUUCAUGAUUUUAGUAGUGAUCUCUGAGCUAUCCACAAAGUACAGUCCAAUCGGUCCUCAAACAUCACGUCAUACUCAGCACCGUCUUGCAGAUGGUCCUCUGCAGCAGCAUCAUCAGGCAUGUCUGGAGACCGGUCAUGGUCAAUGUGACAGACCUGUUAUCAUCCUCAACAUGAGAAUAGAGAGAUUAGAUCACUAUUUCUGCCCACUCAGAAAAUACGAUGACCUCACGAGUAACUCUACUGCAGUCAGGAUAAAAAAGGGCCAUUCCAGGGUGAUUAUAGUGCGGCAACUUUUUAGAGUUAGGAUGACUUGUGUGAGAUGGAUUUUAAACUAAUGUUAAAAGCUCUGUCUGCUAAUCAUGACAGCGGGCCAAGCUCUGCACAUGCUGAAUCUUAAAUUUUCCAUAAAACUGUCAUCUUUUAUUUGAAGUGUCCCACCUGUUACGUGCCAUUCUAUUUUUAAAUCCAUGCCCUUUAAUAGCUCUUUAUAAUCACAACCUUAACUCAAGAUGAACCGUAUGACACAUAGCAGCCCAGAUGAUACCAUCUGGGUUACUCUCCCAGUGUUAACAAAGCUCUUUCAGAGCUGCAGAGGAAUUACACAACCAUGUUCACAGAUAGAGUACAGUUUGGUUGUAAACUGGCCUUUUUGUAUCAGUACCCCUUUAAAUAUCCAAACCCACUCUGACGUUGGCUCCAUCAGACGUGCCUCCGCCCCUCAGUCCAGUGUCAUCGAUGAGUUGAAGACCAGUUUUACUGUAAAUAUUUUUUACUCUAUAUCCCUAUGGGACAUUGUUAUGCAACCUGUUGAGGUGAGGUCAUUGACUGUGGUGGAUUAAGAAUGAAGCUGUUUACUGGAACUGGAAUAUUAGCAUCAAACGUCCUCAGUUUAGAUAAUCAAGACUAAUUUAAUGGACUGCUCCCCCUACCCCACUGUGUGUCUGAUCAGGACUCAGGUCAGCACACUGUCCGUAUGCCACUGAUAAACUCUUUCCCUGCUGCCUCCAGCUCAGUGUUUAACUGUAUAUUUAAAUGACAAUCUAAGACAUCCAGAUGGGCUUGUUAUGUAAUGCUGUAUGAAAGUUGUGAGGUUAUGAUCAGAUCACAGCACCUGCUCCUGAUAGACCAAAAAAGUCAUGCAUUUAGUGCAAAUAUUUACUUACUGAAAAUGAUGCAAGGGGAGGUGCUUCAGUUUGAUGGGAAGGUCAAUCUGGUGUGUGUGUGUGUGUGUGUGUGUGUGUGUGUGUGUGUGUGUGUGUGUGUGUGUGUGUGUGUGUGUGUGUGUGUGUGUGUGUGUGUGUGUGUGUGUGUGUGUGUGUGUGUGUGUGUGUGUGUGUGUGUGUGUGUGUGUGUGUGUGUGUGUGUGUGUACAUAACAUGGAGGACAAAUGGAAAGCAGGAGUAAUAUAUAAAGGCUGUGCUAUUAGAAAGCAUUAUGAGUGUGUGUGGUUUUACCCAUAUGAGUCAUGAUAAACUGCGUUGACUGUAAUCUGGUCCAUAAGAUGCUGUACAUCACCACGCUUUGUGGCCUUCAGUUGAACUUAAAAAAUUGGCCAGCUCAUGUCAACAACGUGCUUGUCUGGCAGUCGGUUAGGAAGUUCAUUUGAGUGUUUUGUAUCCAGGUCGUGUGAUCCUGUGUGAGGGGUGAUGAAUUAUGUUCAGCAGAUACAAAUAGUCCUGCAGGAUCUUAUUGCCUGAGGUGCUCGGCAUGAGAGAGGUAAAAACAGCAGAGGAUUUGUUUGUCGUGUUGACACUGCAGCAAAGAGGAACACUCGCAGCUCAGUUGUCCUUUUCACCCCUCAAAGUGUCGAAGAAAAGCUGAAGUGUCAGGAAAAAAAGGUUAAUUUACAAGUGCCUGUACAUUUUUCAAAAGUUUUGUACAUAUGUAUUUAUUUAUUCUGCUUUUAUUACAGAAUAGCAGGUGUUAAACUAUUGGCCCCUUUGGCAUAGGGUGAAGGCUGUUUCUGUGAAAAGAUAAAUUAUUUGUAUAGAUGUGGUUUAGAAGCAUCAUCGAAGCUAUAAUUUAUUUUAACAUUACCAACUUUCUCCUGUAGCUUUGACAACGUCACAGAGUCUGUGUUUAAUGUCUGAUGUGAUUAUGUAUUGAAUGAGCUGCAGAUGAGAAUACUGAAGGUUAUCAGGAUUUCCCCCCUGUGGUUGCACACCCUGUAUCAGCUGAAAACCUUCUCUAACUGAGAUUCUGUGUGAUCCGUACUGAUGCAGCUUGUGCACCGAAGAAACCUUCUUUUUUUCAAUACUGCUUUGUUUGGGUUUAUAUAACCACUUGUUUCUUCUGAGGAAUCUGUUUCAUUAUCAUACUUGGCAGAUAAAAACUGCAGGAAUCCUUGAACUGGAGGGAUUGUUUUGUAGCCCAUUUUGCUGUUAACCAAAUCUCACUUUCAGACAAAGGUGCCAAUGUUUCAUCUGAGUUCAGAGUGGAAGUUUCUGUGUCCCAUGGAGCGGACCCUUUUCUAAAGUUUUUAUUGUCUGAAGAUUUCAGUCAUUUGUGUCAUUUUCUUAAAUGCAUUCAGCCAUAACAAACUGUUGUAUUUCAUUUUCCAUCCAUCAGAUUGUGUAUAAAUAUGCAGUUACCAAAUAGAUUUUAUACAAAAUAAAAGAACUGCAUUGUUAAA